AUGGAUAACGCGUCUGACUACGGAUCAGAAGAUUCUAGGUUCGACUCCUGGCUAGCUCGGUCAGGCUCAGUUCCAGAAGGGUCCGGCGCAGGGUCAAGCAACAAGCGUCUGCAACAGACCCAAGCCCAGGUUGAUGAGGUGGUGGAUAUCAUGCGCGUGAAUGUGGACAAAGUGCUGGAGCGUGACCAGAAAUUAUCGGAACUGGACGACCGAGCAGAUGCGCUCCAAGCCGGCGCGUCGCAGUUUGAGACCAGUGCGGCAAAGUUGAAGAGGAAGUACUGGUGGAAGAACUGCAAGAUGUGGGCUAUCCUGAUAGCUGUCCUACUGAUCAUUGUGGUCAUCAUUAUCAGUGAGUAUCGCAUACAGUGUUGUUUUUGA